ACUCGGUAUCGAAAGAAAAGUAUUUUGUAUUUACUCGUAUCUCUACUCGAAAGCAAUGAUGUUUUAAGUUUUUGUCAAAGAGAACAGAGAAGAUGAGAGAAGAAUAAUAAGUUUUAUGUGGUGUUUGUUUAUGGUCUGCGGCUGUAUGGGCUAAGCACCCUUUGCCUUCCCCUCCCCUCUAGGAAAGGGAAAAUGAAACAAAAAAAAUGUUUAUGGUCUGUGUUAUGGUUGAUCAUCGGUCAUUCGUUUUUAUUUUUCUUCUUUUUCCAAAUAUUAGAAGUAGAACUUUAGUCGUAAAUUUGCAUUAGAAAGCGCUAUAAAACAUGCACCGUUAUUUGUAAUUCAGCGCUUCAGAAUAUAUAAUGUUUAUAUUAGUGAUGUCGAUGCAGUGUUGAUGUGUAAGAUAGGAAUGUCUACGAAUAGGAAUGUGUAAAACUGUAAACUACUAGUAUAUAUUAGUGGUGAAGAUGCAUGAAUUACUAAAACACGUUCUGAACGAAAGAGAUCUAACAAGGGCUGGGGAUAUUUUUGCUAUCCCAGACACCGACAUAGUAGAUGAUCUGAAUGAAGUGUUGAAACAAAUAACAGAAAUAUCUUCUAGACCAGAUUAUUGUCGUAAUGACCGUGAUCAAGCAUUGAUAGAAAUUUGUGUGACAAGAGUAACAUCAUGUAUAAAAGAGACAGGCACCCUAGAAAAAUAUUGUAGCGCACUAGUGGCUUUGCUGGAGUCCUGUUUACAUCACAAUCUGAUGCCACUGGGUCAUUUGAGAGAUGAUGAUCCUCCACAUGCUAAGAUUGCAUCUGAUAUCAUAGCAUGUAUAGUAUUGGUAUCAUUUCCAGUGCAGGCUGAAAAAGAGCAUUACAGUAACAAAAAUGUAAUGGAGCUCUUUCUGCCAGUGGCAGUUCAGUUCUUGCACAAAGGGAAUCGUGAGAUUUCAAGGCAUAUGGCACGGUAUCUUUCUCUUGCUGCUGUCCACCAUGCAGCACUGUUGAAGCCACAUGUACAGACUAUUAUGGACUCAAUAAUGUCAGGUAAUUACCCUUUGUGCCGUAUCUUGACAAACUUAUAUGAGGUAUGUCCUGAACCUCUGGAGGCGCACACUACGGCACUGGUGUCACUCCUGCCUCACGCGGAGCCAGUGGAGAAGAGCGCGCUGUUCGCCUUACUCGAACAGGUGGCGGCACGGCGGCCCGAAGCCCUGCGGGCGUGCGUACCGCAGCUUCUGUCGUAUUUGUGUCCCAGCAGCGCACCACCCGGUGAUCCAGGCUGUAUGUGCCUUGAUAUAUUACAGGUGAUAGUGUGCGUGAGUCGGCGUCGCGCAUCGCUGGUGACGUCACACGCGGCGGCCAUAGAGCGCGCGGGCCGCCCCCCGCACGCCGCGCCCCGCGCACUCGCGCUCGCUGCCGCCGCGCUCACGCACCUCGGGUACACCGAUCGGGUGCGGAUUCAUGACGCGCACGUACACGCGCACGUACACGUGCAAGAUCGCGCUGCGGACGCGUUGAGUUUCGUGCUGGAGCAGCUGCCUGGUGCGGAGCGCAGCGUGCAGGCGUCGCUGCUGCGCGAGGCCACCUCCCUCUGCAGCGCGUACCCCGCACUGUUCACUGACCGAGUACUGGCCGCCGUAAGAGCCGCCACCAACGCCGGCAGCAGGCCGAAAUCAGAAGUGUCUGCUGGGGAGGUGAACCGCACUUCGGGUGGGGUAACAAUUGUAAAACUCGGUGGUAGCGGGGCCAGCGCGGGGGGCGGGGCCAGUGCAGGGGGCGGGGCCAGCGCGGGAGUCGGGGCGGGGGCGGGGUACACUCGGCGCGCUAAGCUCGGUGAUUCCCGCAGCACCGGCAGAUUGCACGCAGCGCCUCAUCGCAGUAUCACUCGACUUAACCUGGCAGGCGUGAAGUUAACCGGCGCAGGAGUGACGGUGAGCAGUGUGUCACCGCCGCGGCCUGCGCGCGCGCCGCACAGCAUCGUGGUGGGCGGCAAUAUCAAUACAUCGGGUCCGACGAUAAUAUCGAGUCCACCGCUCCAGACGCAAUCGAUAUCGGUGAAUCCGCUCACGGGGAAAUCGUCGGACGGUCUAGCGCCGGUCGCGUCAUCGGUCUCCGUGAGUGGCGGCGGGGGCGCGGCCGUGGUGUGCGCGGGCGCGGGGGCGGGCGGAGGCCCCGCGGGGGCGGCGGCGGCGGCGGGGGGCACCGGGGCCGCUUCGGGGGCUCCCGUGUGCGUGUCUGGGCCCGUCACGGUGACGUCACGCCGCGCCAACAAUACCAGUGUCACGGUGAUCAACGCGGCCGGGAACGCGAACCACCGCAUCAGCGUGUUCGAGCCGUACCCUAUGAGGGAUACGGUGCAACAUUUCUGCGAGAAGCACUUGGACAAGAUCAAGGCGUACAUGGAUAACGUGUCGUUGCGGCUGCCCCCGCCGGCAAAGUGCACCAUCGAAGGUAAUUUGGUUUGCUGUGUUUAUAUUAAAUUUUGUUCUUACACUGUAUCACCAUUUUUUCCUGACAUAGCGGCGCUCCAAGAAGCAGGCGCGGCUGUCGUUCGCGUGCGGGCGGCGCGGCGCGCACUGCCUGUACGCGCGCGCGCUGUUCAGCGUGCGCACGCGCGCGCCCCGCGUGUGGAUCCACCUCAUGUUCCUGGCGCUGCAGGCGCGCCACGAGCGCGCGCUGUCCUCGCGCGACCCCACCGUGGCCAGCCUCAAGCACUGCUGGGACAUACUCAAGAGCAGGAGAUGGUGGCUAACGAGUUAAGGGCGGCGGGUUUCUUCGACGUGUUCUUGGUAUCGGAGGGGGGCGCGGAGGGCCCGGCGGCCGCCACGUGGGGCUGCUUCCUGUGCACGCACCCGGAGCGGGCGCUGGGGUUCCUGGCGGCGGACGGGCAGCCCGUCAUCGAGGGGCAGCUCAAGGAGAAGAAGGGCCGCUGGCGACUGUUCCGCCGCUGGAGGACCAGGUACUUCACGCUCUCUGGCGCGCAUCUGUCCUGCAAGGGAUCCAGCGGCGGCGAGAGCAUAGACAUCAAUCAGAUCCGCUCAGUGAAAGUGUCCCGCGGCGCCCGCAACAUACCCAAAGCGUUCGAGAUAUUCACCGGCGACCAAACGCUCAUACUGAAGCCGAAGGACGGCAAGAACGCGGAGGAGUGGGUGCAGUGCCUCAGUAUAGCCGUGGCACACUCGCAGGCGAGAGACGCGCCCGCUAAAGCUCACAGUUUGCCCGCCAGAGGGCUCACGCUCAAAGGAUUUUAGGGUUAACGAACGGCGUAGAAAACAGUUCUUAUUUGCUCAAAAAACAGUGGAGAUAUGCGUAUGGAAUCAAGCGCAGUUAAAGAAACUUCCGCUGUUGUGAUUUUUGUAUGGUUUUUUUUUUGUAAAUAAGCAAAAAGUUACUCGAUACAGUAGUUAUCUGCCUACUUGAUACAAAAUUAUUUGUACUUAAUUUUAAAUUAUUAUGAAUAUGUAUCAGCAUCGUCAGGGUAAAUCGAACAAUAAAUGUAGAUGAUGUCGUUAAUCGAGAUUAUGUUUACAUUGUCU